GCUUGGUGCAGGCGGCGGGAGGGGCUGAGGGCCAGCAGGUGGCAGCGCGCUCAGACCGAGCCCCUGGACCUCGGCCGGGGGGCGCAGCCCCCUGUAUACCUGCAGCUUCUGCUCCGGCUCACCCCCACCUCCCACGCGAGGAGCCCCUGGGGUCCGAUGGGGACAUUCCUCCCACGGCGCGGAGAAGGAAUCCCCCAUCCACACCCACGUCCCCGGAGCUCGCUGGCAGGCGGAGGCAGGCGGUGUUCGUGGAGCCCCGCCGAGGGGCGCGCUGGUCCCGGGAGUUCCCUGCGUUUGAGGUCGGGGGAAGCCUCCCAGCCGGACUUCAGACUGUCGGAGCUGCCCGAGAGGCUUGCGUCGUCGUCCCACCUGUGUGCCCCCUGGCUGUGUUUCUAGGAGUGACCCCUAUAAGAAGCAGCAUUUAUGGGCGCGUUUCAUAUUCGACGGAGUUUAAAAAGAGUUUGUUCCACAUGUAGAAGUCCGAGUCUGGGUGUGUGAUUUGGUGUGUUUUCUGCAAUAUAAAAGGCAAACUCCUUUCCAAAAAAUCUAUCCUUUGUUUUUCCUUGAAAGGAGAAAUGAGGGUAAGUAUUGCACCGGGCUGUCUUCAGCCCUCCCACAUCCCCCAAGACACACACACACACACACACACACUCACUCACACACACACACUCUCUCAGUGUUGGCAGCUGAAGGCAGAGCCUCUGAAGCCACCCAAAUUGGGAGGAAGAAUUAAGGCUGUUUGAUAAUAGGGAUGAGGCUCAUAAGUAGGAGGCUACUGUUUUGGUAAGGAUUUUCACUUCCCCAGCAAUCUAGAGUGCUUGGGAACUAAGGAACCAGCAUUGUCCCUGGCAUCCUGCCUUCCCUUCCAUCCACGUGUACAGUCCAGGGUGUGCAGAGGCUCCUGAGGGAGCAUCCUUGUUGCUCUGCCUUGGGAAAAAGUUGCUUAUUAUUAUUAUUAACCUCUGUUUCAAAAAGGUUUGGAUAACCACAGCUUUCUGUUUUUGGAAAGUAGUGUUUAAUAACAUUCUCAAUUUAAUAUUCACAGUAAAUUGAUGAAUUAACAUGUAUUUUGUUAUCUUGUCACAUGUUGCCAAGGGCUUGUCUCUACCUAACAUCUUUUGUAGUAAAAAACUUCGAUUCUUUAUUAGUCAGGUUGACUGUGUAAAGCUGGAGUAUUAACAGUGCUUUCUAAAAAUGCAUUCACUGCCUGGUAUAUCUUUCUGGACAGAUCUGGAGCAGAAGUAAUCAGGUUCAAUUCAGAUGAAAAUACUCCAUUCUGAAGAGACUAACUGCCCCGUUUCCUGGCCUGCAGGAGUUGCAGAAUGCUCCUUGAGCUGGGUGACCUUGAUUCCCAUCGCUAUCACGUGCUUUACCAGAGGCCUGGACAUCAGGAAGGAGAAAGCAGAUGUCCUCUGCCCAGGGGACUGCCCUCUUGACGAAUUCUCUGUGUUUGGGAACAUCGUGUAUGCUUCUGUAUCGAGCGUAUGUGGCGCCGCCAUCCACAGAGGAGUAAUCGGCAACUCAGGGGGACCCGUGCGAAUCUAUAGCCUACCAGGUCGAGAAAACUAUUCCUCAGUCGUUGCCAAUGGCAUCCAGUCUCAGACGCUGUCCAGGUGGUCUGCUUCUUUCACAGUGACAAAAGGCAGAAGUGGUACCCAGGAAGCCACAGGACGAGCAGUGUCCACAGCACGUCCAGCAACAGGUAAACGACUAAAGAAAACACCUGAGAAGAAAGCUGGCAAUAAAGACUGCAAAGCAGACAUUGCGUUUCUGAUCGAUGGAAGUUUUAAUAUUGGGCAGCGCCGAUUUAAUCUACAGAAGAAUUUUGUUGGGAAAGUGGCUCUAAUGUUGGGAAUUGGAACAGAAGGACCACACGUGGGCCUAGUUCAAGCCAGUGAACAUCCAAAAAUAGAAUUUUACUUGAAAAACUUUACAUCAGCCAAAGAUGUUUUGUUUGCCAUAAAGGAAGUCGGUUUCAGAGGGGGUAACUCCAACACAGGAAAAGCCUUGAAGCACACUGCCCAGAAAUUUUUCACAGCAGACGCUGGAGUGAGAAAAGGGAUCCCCAAAGUGGUGGUGGUAUUUAUUGAUGGCUGGCCUUCUGAUGAUAUCGAGGAAGCAGGCAUUGUGGCCAGAGAGUUUGGCGUCAAUGUAUUUAUAGUUUCCGUGGCGAAGCCUAUCCCUGAAGAACUGGGGAUGGUUCAGGAUGUUGCAUUUGUUGACAAGGCUGUCUGUCGGAAUAAUGGCUUCUUCUCUUACCACAUGCCCAACUGGUUUGGCACCACGAAAUAUGUAAAGCCUCUGGUGCAGAAGCUCUGCGCUCACGAGCAAAUGAUGUGCAGCAAGACCUGUUAUAACUCGGUGAACAUCGCCUUUCUAAUUGACGGCUCCAGCAGUGUUGGAGACAGCAAUUUCCGCCUCAUGCUUGAAUUUGUUUCCAACAUAGCCAAGACUUUUGAAAUUUCGGACAUUGGUGCCAAGAUAGCUGCUGUACAGUUCACCUAUGAUCAGCGCACAGAGUUCAGUUUCACUGACUAUAGCACCAAAGAGAAUGUCCUGGCCGUUAUCAGAAACAUCCGCUACAUGAGUGGCGGAACGGCUACUGGUGACGCCAUUUCCUUUACUGUUAGAAACGUGUUUGGUCCCAUGAGGGAUAGCCCCAACAAGAACUUCCUGGUGAUUGUCACAGACGGGCAGUCCUACGAUGACGUUCGAGGUCCUGCAGCUGCUGCACAUGAUGCAGAUAAGAAACUUCCUCAAAAUCACCAAGCUCGUGUUGAGGCCAAUAUUCAAACCCAGGCAGUCUGGCUGAGUCCACGCCUAACCACACUAUCUUGGAACUGCCAUGAGAACCAUGUCAUACAUCAAGGAAAUACGUUACAAGUCCUCACAUUUGGCUCAAACUUGGAAUAUAUCCCCCUUUAUAACAACGUAUUAUGAAUCUAUUUGAUAAUUUAUCCUAACUCUUUUUUAGUAGUUUUCAGUCUGGCAUGAGUUUUCUAGAUGCUAAGGUCACCAAUAAAGACUUUAAUACCAUCCCAUCUAAACUUCCUUUCUGGUGUCUUUCUUGAGAUAAUGAACACACACUCUGAUGUUAUUAAAAGAUAUGAAAAGGGUUUUUUUCUCCCUUAUCCCAACCUUAAUAUUUCUUUUGGCAAAGGCCUCUAGUUUCUGAAGACAUUAACAUAACGUGCUGAGAUCAAAUAGGCCAAGAUAAAGCUGAGGUUCCCUUUCCUGGGAUAAAACUGAGUGACUGGAGUCCAAUAAUAUUUAAGAAACAAAAAUGCUAACUUGGGGGGGGGGGGGCGCGGAAUUAGCGUCCUUGCAUUUUUCUACACUCUUCUGCACUUUUCCCUAUUUAAUUCCUAAUGACUUAACCUUUUCCCUUUUGUACAAUUAGCACCUCUGCUAAUGCACUUAUGUACUUUUAUAGAUAUUGAUGGAGCAGUUUUUAUAAAGUAGGACAGAGAGCUGAUACAUGCCAUUUAAGCUAUACACUGGUUUAUUUUAUACGUCAGCUACUAGCCUAUGUUGAACACCUGUUCGCUAUCAUACUCCUUAAAAGUGCAGCUUACUGAACUAAUUUCUGGUUAACAGGAUUGGCUUCAGGCUAAAUAAAGUGAACCAGGUUAAUUCAGAUACAUUUUCCCCGAUGUGGUCAAUUGACUUUUAGGAGGCUGGGCUAGACUAUUUUCAUGAAAGUUAUCUUUUAGUGAUAAUGAAGUGAAAGUUAACAAAAGCCAGAAAAUAGGGUAGGCUUUCAGGGAUAGACCACAAGUUUAAAAAAAAAAAAAAAAAAAAACCUGUAAUUAUAUACUGGGCCUGAGCUAAAUAAUCUGAGCUUGAAUGCAGAAUGAAAAGAGAGAAAAACAGGAGGGAGGAAAAUUUUUGACCUUUUCUCUCUUGCCAGCGAGAGAGGAUUGGCUGGUGGUGAUAAAUCAGAAAUCGUUUCAAGUAGCUUUUCAAGUAGCUUUUCCAUCAUAAACCUGCUUAUUUGCAAAUAAACGGGUUUAUAUCUUAAGUAUUGACAACUCUGAGCACUGUAUACCACUAGAAUCCUUGGAUAGGAGGGGCUCUUUCAGAAACUCUCAAAAUUUUAUGGGGAACUUCACCCAUGAGAGAGAUGGUAGUCUACACUAAGACUCUGCUACACCACUUCCACAAUCGGGAAUGAGGUGAAUCAAACUAACGUCACAUCACCUAACCAAAUGUACAGUUGGAGGGAAAAUCUUCUAGUAGCUCAAGGGAAUGCAGAUGGAAUGCCUUGUGUGACUGGAAGAAAUUCUAGCUUCACAGACAUUUCUCCUUGGCUGUUUUCAUCACCAGGAGAUUUUUGCUUUGGGAUUAAACACUGACGAUUUCUGACUACUGGUGUUGCCAAUGUAAAAAUAUAAAAAUUGAAAUGGAAGAAACUUGGCAUUAUUCACAGAGGACUAGUCACCAUUCCCCCCCCCCAACAAUGCAGCCUUAGAAAACUCCGACCAUUUACGUAUCCUAUCUUGUUAUGCCCUUCUUUCUUGCCCUGUUGUCCUUGCUGUGACUCCAGAACGACUAAUUGAAGUGAUGACAGCAGGCAGUCCUUUCUCAUGCCAGCCUCAGAGGGGAAGUUUUUACCAUUUCACUAUGUUUGCUGUAGGGUUUGGAUUGAUAUAUAUAUAUAUUUAGGCAUUUUUGUCAGGCUAAGAAAGUUUCCUUCUAUUUCUAGCUUACUGUGUUCUAUCAUGAUGGAUAUUGAAACAUCAAAUUUUUUUCUAUGUAAGUGAUCAUAUGAUUUAGCUGUUAAUGUGGUAAAUUACACUAAUAGCAAAGCUUCUGGUUUUGACCAAACUGUUGAGCCAUUGUCAUCACAAUGCCUGUUAAAAC